CUUUAUACUUUUUUCUGCCACAUUGAGCUGCAAAGUGGGAGAGUAAAGGGAGGGAUAUGCUGCCCCUGUUUUUCCACUUCCUAGCCCUUCUGGCUCACGCCAGCUCGGUGAGGCCCCAACAACUCCAACCCAAAAACAUAUUCAUCUUAGCCGGACAAAGCAACAUGGCCGGACGUGGAGGAGUGGUUAACGGCGUCUGGGACGGCAUCGUCCCUCCCCAGUGCCAGCCCAACCACUCCAUUCUCCGCCUCAGUGCAAACCUCACUUGGGUUCUAGCCCACGAGCCCCUCCACGCCGACAUCGAUGCCAACAAGACCAAUGGGGUCGGACCGGGCAUGGCUUUCGCCAACGCUGUCUUGUCCAAAGACCCCACUUUUGGGGUCAUUGGUCUGGUCCCCUGCGCGAUCGGAGGGACUUCGAUAAGCGAGUGGGGCAGAGGGACUUCCCUCUACAAAAGCUUGCUGAGGAGGGCUCAGGCUGCGCUGCAAGAUGGCGGCACAAUUCAGGCGCUUCUCUGGUAUCAAGGCGAGGCAGACACAGUGACUAAAGAAGCUGCCGAUGCAUAUCAGGCUAAAUUGGAGAGCUUUUUCUCUGACGUCCGAGAAGAUUUGAAGUCUCCAAUGCUCCCAAUAAUCCAGGUGGCUCUGGCAUCAGGCUCUGGACCUUUUGUGGACAUUGUCAGAGAAGCUCAGCUGGGAAUUGACCUUUUGGACCUCCGAACCGUUGAUGCCAAGGGUCUGCCGCUUGAACCGGAUGGUCUGCACAUCACCACGCAAGCCCAGGUUCAACUAGGGCAGAUGUUGGCUGAUACAUUCCUUCAAUUGCUUCCCAGUGGUCGCCCCAUCCUCAGCCCUAUUCAUAGCAGUGCUCCCAUAAGGUGUUCCAAUUUUGUUGGUUCCAUUAUUAAGAUGUAUCAGCAUUAUCCUAUCAGAUAGCUUCUGCAGAAGUGGGAAAAUAAUAAUUUAAUUUUAUGAUAUAUUACUAGACACCUUUUUUUUUUUGGGUUUUUUUUGGUUGGAUCAGAAUAGGAAGCUUCAUUAAUCUUCAUACUAAGAGCUUCCCACUACUCAUCUACAGGAAGAAUAGGUGCUAUGUGACUUGAUUAUCUAUAGUUAUGCAUUUUGGAUUUCUAUAUAA